AUGUGUACGUUGACAAGUACAAAACCAUUUGAAGUGUUCACUAAAUGCAAGGAACAUCUUGCUAUAAAAAUAACAGACCCUCCCACCCGCUGUCCCCUCUUUACAUUUCUAAUUACAAAACGGCACAGUAAUUUCAGCUUCCUAACAUGGAGCAAGAAGGAAGGACGGCAUUAUGGACACAUACAAAACGUUUCGAUCUGGCGUAGCUGUGUACAUUUGGAGCAACCAAGCAUCUUGAUCUCGCUGUUGUUUUUAACACUACACAGGGCUGAAGAAUUGGGAAACAAACUAAAAAGGAAAAUGCUGUUUCUUCCUUAUAUUCCUCUUCUUCUUCCUCUUCUUCUUCCUCUUCUUUUUUUGGCUUUCGCUCCAGAAAGCAACAGCUUCCACCGGUUCACAAUUAAAACAGUCGAGAGAGGCAAGAUUAAUUUCAGAUGGAAAACCCAUCCAAUGGCUUUUCCCUCAACACAUUUACUCCAUCUUUCCUCCCCUGUUUCUCUCCUUGAAAUACAGCUCGUGCUGAGAAAGCCUUUUUUUUUUUUUUUUUUUUUCCCACGGCAAAGAAGAACCAGGGAGGAGAAAGCGAGCCGAGCGGCUCUGAGCCGCGGUGAUGCCGCACAGCAGAGGGCAGCCUUCGCCCUCGCUCGCCGCCUCCCAGCCCGCAGCUGCCAUCUGCUACCGACGCAUCCCGAGCGCAGAGCCCAUCUGGCGCUCCUCUUUCAGCCGCACAACUCUCCAUUCGUCCAGGUAACAGCUUGUGAGAAUUCAAGAAGUGCUUCUGUUGGAUCAGUCGUCCCUAUUAACAAGUCCGCUGAAACAACGCUCCCCUUACGAGAGACACGGGCAGCACAAAUUGCCAGAGACAAAGCUGAAUGGCGUUGGCUUUAUCCCACCAAUUCCCUUCCCUCGUGCUGGAGCGAUCCUUUGUGAUGGGAUGGAUUUCUCUACUGUUUCAGUCCUGCAAAAUGGAUGCAGCAGAACAGCAAACCAAAUCCUGCCUUCAGUUUAGACAGCCAGCUUGCCCUGGCCCGUAUUUCUAGCAGACCAGAAACUUUCAUCCUACAACAAGGCUCUAACGAGAACUACAAAUGGUUAAUAAGUCUCCAUUAUUGCUAAUGAAAUAGAAGGUAAUAAACGACUACUGGUUUUCAAGGUUUGCACGGCCUGUGAACUCAUACUCCUGGCUUAUUUCAGACUAUAUGCUUAGUCGUGAGCUUUUCUAUGGACAGAGAGCAGGCAGGAAUGAGGCUCUUAUAAACACAACCUGGGAGACUCCCAACUGCCUGGGCUGAAAUGCAUCUCCCGCUGCCAAACACAACCUGUCUCAUCAUUCAGUGCACACCAAUUGCCACAACGAGGACUUGCAGGUUGUCCAUAAAGUCUCGUGCUUUGACCUUUGCCUGUUCAUCAUUGAACCCCCUCUUAGGGCUGUAGUGUACAUUCCAAGGAAAAAGUUUGCAAGUCAAAAGACUGGAAAACCUAUACGACAACUGCACUGCCUGUUAAACCAGACGGGGAACUAAAAUACAUUUUAUGAAGAACCUGCAACUGUAUACUAAUGACUAAAAGGACAUGGACGUGUUAAGGGAUCUGCAGAUAGAUAUCUGCCAGGGCAACCCAUCCAGGUGCAAAUAUCUUCUGAGCUCAACAUUUUUCAUGUUAGAUGAGCACCUCUUUAGUUAGCAAGGAGGAGGAGAGGCUGGAUUACCAGGUGUGACGAACAAAGCCGCUGGAUCACAAAAUGCACAUUCCCUGUGAAAUGCUGAAUUCUGAGCUAGAUCUGCCUCCAGCGCUUGGAUUCAUUUUGUUCACAAAAUAGGAACAUACCACAAACUGGUUGUUCAACAGCAGACAAAGUACUGACCUUCUUGCAACAACAUCAUCUGGAUCUGACCCAGAUUUCACUGAAGUAAAGUAGCGAGAUCCCGGGGACCUCUUGUAUGCCAUUUCAGUGUUUUUAUUUCAAAUUGCUUCUAUAAAGCCUUUUUCUUUAUUGCCAUGUUCUCUCACAUAUGGAAACACUCUAAAAAUGGCAGCAGCUUGUUUUCACUACAGUUUCCAUAGACAUAUCAAUGUACUUACAUAUGCAUAUGUGGAAACGUAAUUCUGUAGAAUGCUUAAAGAACAAACUGUAGCGCUACAACCGUCCCAAUCCUGUUUCCCAGGCUCUGAGGCUGUCAGGGAAAAGAAACAACCCCCCAAACCCACAGCAAGGGUCUCCAUCAGAGUGGGUGAGCUGAGGAAAGGACUCAGAGCUGGUGCCUGGCACGCCUGCACGCACAUUAGGUUGGCUGUGAGCACAGAACUCAUGGAGUUUUUUAUGUCUCCUACCUAUCAAACAGACCUUUGGGAAUGCAGCCUAGUGAAACUCAUGAAAACCAAAGGGAACGCAGAGCACAGGCUCUGCUUGCCCAAAGGUUUAUUCUGCAACGCAGCUGGAAUGAAGACAAGCUGGCAAGUGUUCUUCCACAUAGUACUCGCUAAAGGGAAAUAAUAGGAAAGAGCCUCAGGUGACAGGAGCAGGAAGAGCGAUGGGAACACUACUCAGAGAGCUGUGCUGUCCUCCAGCCACCAGCCCUGUGGAGGAGGUAACCCCUGCCCCGUCUGUGCUGUCCUGGCAGCAGGCAGUGGCUGCAGAAGUAAAGCCAUACUGCGGCAAGUGUGCAGAACUGCAUUCUUGAGCACUCUUUGUCAGAGGGCACCCGAGGAUUUUGUUUUUCCAUCGCUGCUGGCCAAAGGUUGCUCUCUGUUGUGAACAGGUAGUGCUGUGCUCCCAGCAACUGAAUCCCACCUGCUUAAUGCCAGAGCCCUGGGCUGGCAGCAGUACUGAGGAAUUGCCAAAUGCUCUCAGGAAGGGACUGAUUUUGCCCAGAUGUGCCAGUGAGGAGGUUUAGUUUUACCCUAUGAAGAAUCACAGUGGAGAGAUUCACAUAGGCAAAACUGUGCACAGGCACGCAGAUCUGCAGAAUUAAGGCUUUCGUCUGCUACAAACCAACCUUUGGGGUCUUAAUAUUUAUGAAGCACCUCGAAUUCCCAAGGCAUUCACAGGUCAUAUGUACAAAAAACACUGGCAGCCAGGUCCUUCAUUAGGAAAACAUUUCCAUUUGACACAGGGGCUUAAAUACGUUCAUAGAAGACCUGUUGAAAAUAAUGUAAUUUCUGUAUGAGCCCCAAAUUAACCAUAAUUGCUUUUCUGAACAGGGAUGGAUUAGAACAUUUACGUAAGUGCUUUCCUCAGUUCUGCCUUCAGUGAGGUGUGACCUGGCUUUGCACUUGCGAUCACUUCACAGCACUCAGAGCUACGCAACGCCCAAGGAGAGAGAUGGAGAAACAUCUUUCCCGAGCAGAACUGCAGGUAGAAUUUGGAAAACAAAAGCCAAAAUGCUCCUGGCCCAGAUUUGCUAGGACCACUCUUUAGAAAUACCAGAAUACGGUGAGAUGUGAAAACAUCCCACCCAGCCAAGCACCCUGCCCACGAGGGUGGCCAGCCGUGGACGCCAAGGGACUGGAUCUAGGAUGGGAUACUCAGGAGAAGCAUUAUUGCUCAGUUGCUGUGUGCUGCUGCAUUCAGCAUAGCUCCCUUUAAUGAUUUUGCCAGGCAAACGACCCCCUUCACCAUUAGGUGAAGUUUCAUCUCCUGCCUCACCUUUUUUACAGCCUCUGGUGCAAACAUAGACCUCAUUUGCGGUGCUGUACUGUGGGGGACUCCUUUAUAGCAACAGAUGAUCAGUCAGUUUGUCCAUUAACUUAAUUCCUCUGGCAAAACAAAAUGAAGAUUUUGUGGCAGGUCCUCCAAAACUCCAGCGAUUCAGUCAACGGCUUUGUCUGUGUGCUGGGCUGCAGCAGGAGGCUGUGAAAGGAUCACUGACAACUCAUACAUCCUGUUCAUGACGCUCU